AUGACUGUGAAGACCUCGGGAGAUUGGGUAUCCCAGGUUCAUGGCGGGUCCGUGGCCGUCAGCAGCGUGGGUGUGCAGAAGCAGAACCAGUCGAAUCGUUCUAGAAUCUCGUCGAGCUCAUGCAGCUCCGCCCGGGACAGCGCCUUGCAGAUAUACCAGCCCAAGGAUAGCAUGAAGGAUUUGAAAGCCUUUGCCGAUGUCUUUGCCGAGCACCUCCGGAUUGUCAUAGGCUGCCUCUCCCAGUCUGACAAGGAUCUCGCGGUCGCGGCCGGUGUGAUGCAAAAUUUCAUGGUGGAACUGGUGGGUGCUGCCCAGGUGGUGCUUUUCAAGCUCGCAACUACAGCUUGUAGCACCCUCGAGAACCUGCCCUCGCUCCUUUGGGCAGCGCGGAGUGACCAGGAUACUCAGCUGAAGGCAUCCAUCGCUGAGGUUCACGACAGCAUGGCCGCCUUACGCAAAGAGACACAGGCCAUCCGCAAUGACUACAUCGACUUGCUCCAGCAGGUACAGUACUUGGGGCACUGCACGCAAGUCACGAUGGAUCAGUCCAUAAUCAAUUUUCUACCCGAACCUGCGGAGGACGAGAAUGGAAACCUCGAGUGUACGUUGCACUCGACCCCAGAGUUCAACGACCAGCAACAUGAGUCGCAGAAGUACUUGGACGUGACACUCACACACCUCACAGACAUGUGCAAGCUGUUGGAAGAGUGCUCUGACUUCUGGCUGAUGCUGCACCAUGCCGAGCUACAGCUCCGCAAGCUAGAAAAAGAGUCUAAGUACUUCUGCGACGGCGACAUCCCCGACAUGCCUCAGAAGAAAUCGCGCGAAACGCCACCGUCGGUACAAGGCUUCUGUGAGCAUGUACGCUCGUUUUGCGGCUUCUACUGCGGGGUGCCACCAGUACAAAAAAUUAAAGUUCCAGUUGCACGCAUUCCGACCCGCUAA